AUGAAUUAACAAAUACAUUUCAAAUUCAUACUGCAAUAUCUAGAGUUUAGCUCUAAAUUUGAUCAAUAAUAAUAUGAAUUAUCAAUUAUGUUAAAGAGAGGAACACUUGCUGCAUAAACUAUUAUAAGUAAAAUGUAAAUAAGAAAUUCUGAAAGAACUUCUAAUAUUUGUAGAUUACCAAUUGAUCAAAUUGCAGAAUUUCAAUAAAAAAUGGUUAAUAAAGAUGGAGUCUAUGUUGAUUAUAAUGUAUUAUUUAAAUCAUUCAAAUUUAGAUUAAAUUUUUGUUUUAUUUGGGAGGCAACCAACUCGGCGAUUGUCUAAUAAAUUUAGCAUACUUUCUUAAUGGUGAAAUAGAUUAAGAUCAAAAAGUCAAAAAGCCAUUAACAUCUACAACUGACAAACGAGCUGCCUUAUUAUUUAAAGUAAUCAGACAACCUUAAUAAUCAUAAUUUGAAUCUUAAGAAUAUCCUUAAGUUAAUGUACCAAUGCCUGUACCUACACAUACUCUAAUGUCUCAGUAAGUUCCAUAGACUGCUAGAAAUUCAAAUAGUCGUAAAAUAGAAUUGCCAACCAAAACAAAUAGAGCAAGGAGUCAAUCUCCACAAUUCAAGAAUGUUGUUCUUGUUACAAAAGCAGAAGAAUAACCUAUAUCAAUUAAAUAAUCAUCAGAUAAUCUCACAUAAAAAUUCAUGUAACUAGGUGAGAAAUUUUCAUAAGAAAAACUUUAAUAAGUUGUUCCUCCUAUUGAAGAUAAUGAUAAUUUUAAAGAAAUCAAUGAUAUGAUUACUUAAUAAGAAGAAGAGUUGUAAAAAUAGAUUGAACAAUUAGAUAAUCAUAUUAAAAUUGAUUCGAAAUUGAGAAAAACAAAUAAUAUUGAUAAUAAUAAUAACAUAGCAAAUUUUGCAAACGUAAACAGUAAUAAUUAAGAACUUUAAUAAUUGAAGCAAAAAUAUACUGAACUAGAUGAUAAAUAUAAUAAAGCUUUAGAAGAAAACUCACACUUAAAGAGAAUCAUUAGAUAAAGUGGUGAGUAAUUAAAGAAAUAAAACUAACUUUCAUAAUCAGGAUAUAAAUAACUUACUGAUAAUGUUCUAAAUUACUCUACAGUCUCUAAUUAGGAAUAAUUUGAAAGAACUAUAGAAAAAAAGAAUUAGAUCAUUAAAGAUUUAUCAAAUUAAUUAUUAGAAUUAGAAAAGAAUUCUAAGGCUACUGUUAUUGAAUAAUUACGUAAUUAGAUAGCUAGAUUAGAAUAAUAAACAAUAGAAAAAGAAGAAUAAUGGUAGAUCUAAGAAAAAUUAUAUAAAGAAAAGAUUUUUCAAUUGUUCUAAAAUACAGAAUGA